AUGAUGAGCGAUGUAGUAGGCAGCGAUGUUGCAAGGCGGUUGGGGCUGCAGAAGGGUCAGGCCACUUUUCCGACGGGUGUUGGAGGGCUGGCGAGCGGUACAGCGUCGGUGGCCCUGAUGCAGCUAGAUUUGGUAGUGGAGAAACCAGAGGAUGCAGCUGGCAACGUGGUGAUGCAGCAACGACAGCGGCUGCGUACAGGGCCAGCCUGGGAGCAGGUGCCUGUUCCUGUUUAUCACCCAACUCCUAGCCAGACUCGGCUAGCAACACAGCUGACAGAAGAGGAACAAAUCAGAAUAGCGCAGAGGAUAGGCCUUAUUCAGCAUCUACCUAAAGGAGUCUAUGAUCCUGGAAGAGACGGCUCCGAGAAGAAGAUCAGAGAAUGUGUCAUUUGUAUGAUGGACUUUGUUUAUGGGGACCCUAUCCGAUUUCUGCCGUGCAUGCACAUUUACCACCUGGACUGUAUAGAUGACUGGUUGAUGAGAUCCUUUACCUGUCCAUCCUGCAUGGAGCCAGUGGAUGCAGCGCUGCUUUCAUCAUAUGAGACUAACUGAGCCAGGGUUUCUCCACUGAACCUUCAAGGAGACCAUCCACUCUAAUGGGUUUGAUCCUUUUGUCAUUCAGCCCAAAGAGCCAGGAAUUAGGAAUUAAGAUCAUGCACAAAGUAUACAUUUCCUAAUAAACAAAUAAAAAAUAUUCCUGAAUGGCUGCGAAUAUUGGAAAAAACAUAGUAUUUUAGAGACUAUAGAAAAGUAGGUUGUUAUUUUUAAUGUAAAGCCUUGACCCACCAUUGUCUUUUAAUGUUUGUUCUUACACCUAUAUAUAGGAAUUGUGUAAAGUGUUACAGCAACUGUAAAUGUUUAAACUGCGUGUAUCCAAUUUUAUUAGCAGCAAGAUAAGAGUAUUUUUUUCCUAAAUAAAGUAACCAGUUUUGUUCUGAUUCUUUUCACAAGUCCUGGCAUUUGGGUCAAGGCUUUAUUGAAAUCUACAUUUUAUAACACUGGCACAAAGAAAUAGUUUUAAGCUUGUUUGCACAGUUCUUUUUCUUUUUUUUUUUUUUUCUUCCAUUGGAGAUGGAAUUCAUUGCCUUAGGUCUUUUUAAUAGUGUAUUGUUAUUGUUGGGCUGGCUCUAUGCUUGAAAACCAGUUUAUUUAUAACCUGUUAAAAGAAGUGCUAUAUUUUGUUUGCAGUUAGGAAUAUGCAGACUUCAAAGUGAUCUCCUAGCUUGUAAGCAAACGGAGAUGCAUUAUCCCUUUUCUACAAGUGAUGUGGAAUAUGAAGAUAUGAAACAAGUCCUACAGUGAAAUUAUGGUUUCAUGGUUUUUAGAACUUGCUUCGGUUUUGAUGAAACAACAGUCCUUAAACUUUAAUGUGUCACCUUUAACUUGAUCAGGUUAAAAGUGGGCCAGAUGGACAAUAAAUAGUUAAGCUACCAUGACUGAAAAAAAAAAAUAUAUAUUUGGAACUAAUGUAGUGUUAGCGUUGAUCACUUAUUCUACUUUUUUCUCCCUAAAAAUGGUUGUCUUGGAUCAUAGCAAAUGGAUACUGCAUCUCUCGUUCUUGUAGUUCUUAAGUUAUCAGAAGUUAAGAAUAAACAUACUGUAUCUCAGU